GUGGAAAGGGAUGCCCUGAAGGGAGCCUCUUUCUUCUUUCUCUCACGCUCUUUAGUAGUUAUUUGGGUUCUGGAGGUGUUAGUGCACCUGGGGCACCCUGGCCGAGUGGCUGGAGGGCUGAUGAUGGAUCUAAAGGAGAGCUGUGGCAGUCAGGGGAGCCAAGAGAGCUCCAGCCUGCACCCCACCUCCUGGCAGGCCUUUGCUCACAGCAGCACGCUGCACGGCCUGCGUUUCAUCUUCCCUUAUGGUCAGCCAAGUGUGCGCCGCUUGCUCUGGGCUGCGGCUCUGCUGGGCUGCCUGGGAUUAUUAGCUCUGGAGAGUGCCGAGCGGCUGGCCUAUUUCUUCUCCUACCCUCAUGUGACCAGCGUGGACGCCGUGGUUUCCAGCACCCUGGUGUUCCCCGCUGUGACCAUCUGUAACCUCAACUCUUACCGCUUCACCCACCUCACUCGCAACGAUCUGUACCACGCUGGGGACCUGCUGUCCCUGCUGGAUGUGCACCUGAAUAUCCCCCAGCCUCACCUGGCCGAGCCCGACGUGCUGGCUUUCCUCCAGGAGAGAUCUAACUUCACCGAGUACAAGCCCAAGGUGUUCAGCAUGAAGGAGUUCAUCGAGAGGGUCGGCCACGACCUCAAAGACAUGAUGCUCUACUGCCGUUACCAAGGCCAGGAGUGCAGCCACAGCGACUUCAAAACC